CAGGAGUUAGAUUUAAUGUUUCCAACAGCUGUGGGAUUUAAACUUGGCAACAAAACUACCACAAGCCACAACAUAGGAAGACGAUUACGAACUUGGCAUAUUAGUUUAAAUAAGCAGUAUGUCUACGUCAACUGAAUCCGAUAGUAUCCCCAUGCUUCCUCCCGAUGAUUCUCCGGGAAGCUCCAUUUCCUCCUGUCUCCAGGAAGAGUACCAGGAGCUGCUGCAGUAUGCUGUAGUGACUCCUCUGUAUGAUCCUUCUCGGCUCCCUCAGACGCUUGCUGGAGCCGCACGGUCAUUUCAGCCUCAGAGACCAAUCAAGGACCAGCUCAUCUAUCUCCAAUCAAGCGAAGGGAGUAGCUCAGCGAGUGAAGCUUCACCACAACUUAGAGAGAGCAUGGUUGCUACCCAUGGUUCACUCAACGGUGAAGAGACCCAAACAGAGUCGCAGGAUGAAAGAGGUUCUAGAGAUCAAGAGCUCAGGAGAAGAGACCUUACUGCUCCAGCGAAUGAAUUAUGUAGCCCAGUUAGAUCCUAUCCGCCGGAUGAUCCCGGAUCUGAUAGUACCCCAACCACUGACCUGUCCACCCUAACUGACCAGUCCAGCUUGGCUAGUUCUCCUGCUGUGGACCAGGGCCUGAUCCGCAUGGAGAAUUUGCUAGACAACUGGAGCCUGGAGCUGAAGAGGAGUGUUUUAGCUGAGCUUAGUCAGGCCAAGAUUGCAGUCAUAGAGAGAUCCAGAGUGGAGGUUAGAUUACAAAGGGAAAGAUCUGACAAGGACCUGAGACGGGUGCAGAAUGAGAUUGAGAAUCAGAAGGAGUUGCUUCACACGUACGAGCAAUCGGUAGAGCGUAAGGAUCACAUCAUCUCCAACCUGACCCGAGCCGUCCAGAAGGAGAAGGAUCGGUUUGAGAUGCUGGGGAGAUUCCAAUCCUGGAAACUAAGACACAGCGAGGAUAAGAGACAGGUCUUCACUGCCAAACUUGCAAAGCGGCACCAUGAGAGGCAUUUGAAAUCGAAAGUCUGGUCUGCCUGGCAUAGCAUCAUCGUUGCCAAGUGGAGACAGAGGGUAGAGAAGGCGUGCCAGAGUAAGGCUCAGGAAGUCUGUAUGAAACUCACCAAUGACUAUGAGGCAAGAUUAGCAUCGUUGAAUGAAGCCCUGGAAGCUUCACGAGUCGAGGUGACAAAGCUCCACGCAGAGAGAGAUUACUAUGAAGAAUCUAUGAAGAAAGCAUUCAUGAGGGGUGUCUGUGCGCUCAAUAUGGAAGCCAUGGCUAUGUUUCACGAUGGCGAAGAAGGAAGUGGACAGCCUCAUCCUUCGUCCCACGCCCCCGCACCAACCCCAGCAGCAGGUGCCCCCGUCCCUACCCCAGCCCCCACCAGACCCUCGCCGUCAGUCAAUACCACUUCACUAGGUCGCUCAGCCAUACCAAGCACUCAACCCAUGGGUCACCAUGCACAAUCCACAGUUACAACACACAGCCAGAGAGGGAAUGUUCCUGCUGUCAAGAAAACAACCACGGGUAGAUCAUCACAGAUUAAGACAGUAACGGCCAGAGUGAGUGGUAGAAGUGAGCUGCAGGCAUCCAGUGGCCUUGGUCUGAACCCGCCUAUGGCCUCGGUGGUGGUCGAGAGACAUCAUCCUAUUACUCAGCAAACAGUCGGUCAUGCCACUGCAGCACGGUACCCGAUGACGACUACCCAGAGCUUGCCGAGCCAUCUAAGUGGUGUGUCAUCUAGAGGUGGAAGCAGUAUGGCAUCCAGAAAGCAGUCCCAUACUGUACCAGGUGCACCUACGGUCAAAGUAGUUCACUAAUGGUUUCACUACAGACAAGACUGUAUUAGUCAUACCCUAUACCAGAUGUACUUUAGGUCAUAAGUUGUCCUCUCACGGCGCUACUAGAGUCAAGACUGUAUCAAUCGCGGAGCCCAUUCCUGGCGCACCUGCGGUCAAAGUGGUCUACCGAUGGACGACACUAACAAACCAACCCCCGCCAUAAGAUUGUGCACCUGCAUGUACAGUCAUAAUGGAGCACCAACGGAUUUACUUCAGCCCCAGCACGUAGCUUGGUGCACCUGCGGUCAAAGUGGUCCACUUUCAUGGUGCUUUGUCAGGCAAGUCUUCUUCAAGGUCAAAGGUGGAAGGGCCAGGGUCUUUGUUGGUGUAAAAGUGCGUAGCCUAGUAACAGCUCUAGUCAAGAGUGCCAGUAUGAGGAGACGGACGAUUCAUGAUGGAGGCCAGGGUUGCAUGUACUCUGUGCGAUGUGAAAGUCAUCAGCAUCCAGGACACAGCUGAACUAAAGCUGUUAAGCGCUGGGAUGUCAACUAAAUUUCGUCCUUUGUAAGUUUCUAAACUUUGGGCAUGGUCUUUGAUUGCAUCAAAACAGAACUAAUAACCAGUCCCAGUGUGAGAACACAAUGAUAGAAAUUUUCCACCAGAAAGAAGCAAAGACAAUGAACUAAGAAAGACUAAUUCCUUUAAACUUUUCAAUGAUUUAAACGCUCCUUGAAAAUACUUCUUCCACCAGUGUUACCAGGGUCUCAGUAUAGAGAUUUUAAAGAAAUGAAAAUCUCUUGAGAUCCAAAAUAUUAAUGGGAAGUCCACCCGAUAUUAAAUUGGUUUUAAUAGAAGUAGAAAAUGACAGAAAUGGGUCAGUGAAAGUUUGAGCAAAAAAAUGAUUAUAGAUAAGAAUAUUUGAAGGUGGAUCAUUCAUAACUUUCUCAUUUGUAAUCGGAUAUUGCUCAAACUUUCAUUAAUUUGUUUCUUUUGUUUUUCUGCUUUUAUUAAAAUUAAGAUACUGUAAUAUCAGGGUGGAAUUUCCCUUUAAUAACAUAUGUCAAAGACUUCAUACAUGUAGUCCCAUAUCUUCUGUAAUUGUGUUUGUUCUAGUCAGUUUUAAUAAUAAUCUUGAGAUCUAUAAUAAUUACAAAAAAGGAAGUGCUCUAAGAAUCAAACAACAUUGGAAAUGAAUUUCACAAACUUAGACACAUAAAUAAUCUUUGCCAGAGAAAUUUGAUGAGAAUGAAUCUUCAAAAAACUGGAAUUUUCAACAAAAGUGAAAGUAAAAUGUUGAUGAAAAAAAUUUAGUCUGCUUAAAAUAUUUCAACAUAUUAUUCCACAAGUGCUUAUCUUUUUUGGUAUUUAUACUUUUCAAAUUUGUUCUGUUAUCCUAAUUUUCAAAUUACAUUUG